CCCACCCGCCUUCCACGUCCACACCCACCCAUCUUCCACAUUCACACCCACACCCGCAUCUACACCCACACCCACACCCUAUCCUACAAAAAACUCCAGCUAAUCGAAGGGGAGGGACAGAUACAGUUUAUAGAUGAUGAUAGUGUUUGAAUAUUCUCUUAGUUUGGUAAAACUUCUUUCUUUUAAUGUGUAUUACCAUUGACAACUAACUACAACUAUUUAUGAAUCAAGUUUUCAUUCAUCUUUUGACUAGUUUCACAUGUGUUAAAAGACAAAUAAAUAUAUUGAUAUUAUAUUCGUUCAAAACACAGUCGAAAUUCACAUUCAAAAUUGUUCGAUAGAAAAUGUUGCCUACUCAUCGGUAUUAUCAACCAUUAUCUACAUUUGAGAUGUUUUCAAGUAUGAUCAUUUCAAAUUAUCAAAAUAUAUUUAUUGAUAUACCAUGUUUUAGGCAUCAUCAAUUGAUGAAUCAACAAUCGAAUAUCAACAAUCAGCAUGGGAACGUUUCAAAAAAAAUAUUAAUUGUCAACUCAAUAACGUUAAUACAUCAAAUUUAUCAUUAAUUAUUCGUGAAUUAUUUCAUAAUAAUAUUAUUCGCAGUUGUGGUUUAUUUGCUCAUAGAAUUAUUCGAGUACAAAUAGCAUCACCAUUUUAUACCCCUGUUUAUGCUGCAUUAGUAUCUGUUAUUAAUACAAUGUUAUCAAAAAUUGGUGAAUUAACUGCUAAAUAUCUUAUAUCGUCAUUUCGUCGAACAUAUCAAGAAAAUGAUAAAACUAACUGUUUAGCAACAACAACAUUUAUUGGACAUUUUGUUAAUCAAAAUAUUUUACAUAAUAUGCUAGCAUUAGGAAUGCUUGUAUUUUUACUUGAAAAUCCUACUGAUAAUAGUGUUGAAUUAGAGAUUGAAUUUUUAAAAAUGUGUGGAAAAAAAUUAUCACAAGUUAGUCCACAUGGAUUAGAUUCUGUAUUUUCAACAUUAAAGAAAUUACUUCAUCAAUCAACAUUAAAUAAACAUACACAAUUUAUGAUUGAAGCUUUAUUUGCUAUAGGAAAAGAUCAAUUUAAAGCAAAUCCAAUUAUACAACUUGGUCUUGCUUUAGUUGAUGAAAAUGUUCAAUUCACACAUAUGAUGACAUUAGAUGAUUUAUGUGAGUCUGGACCGAUGUUUAAUAUAUUUCAAUACGAUGAUCAAUAUGAAGAAAAUGAAAAGGAAUAUGAAAAAAUUCGAAGAAAAAUUCUUGUUCACAGUUCUCAUGAUAAAGAAGGUAACGAAAAAAAAGAAGAACAAGGAAGUGAUAUAGCCUAG